ACCGCGAAAGUAUUUAUCCCAGGAGGAGUCCACCAGAGCCUUCUCCGUCGUCGGCCCUCUUUCUAUCUGUCUUCCCUUUUGCCCUUUUUAUAGCAGCACUGCUUUUCCCUGCUCUUCUUCACUCCUCGCCUGCGCCUCCAACGCCGAACCUCCAUUACUCUCCCUUAUUCCCGGCGCUGCACAUCAUUCCUCCUUCGCUCCCCAAUUUGGCCCCCGCACACCAGCAAACCGGAGCACCUACACAGAUCGACCCAAAGUCCUCUUAUUCCCGGUGAUACAGUAUUAACGGGAUGACCAAAGAAGGAAGGGUGCAUCCUGAUUGCAGGAAUGCAUCUAACCCUUACCAUGAAUGUAGUGAAUAUUGUUUCAAGAUCAUUGCUGAGCUCAAGAAGAAGAUGAAUACAAAUAAUACAGAACUAGUGGAAGCCUAUGAUAGUGGAGAUCAGCCCAAUCCAGUCGCCAGUUCUAAUGAGGGUGAAGACUUACAUGGGGCUAAUAAUGAUUCUGCUGGGGAGAGGAGCUCUGAUGCUGAAGAUAAUGUGGGAGUGGACAUGACAAAUCUUACAGGAAGGCAGAAAAAGUUGUUUGAGCUAAGGCUUAAAAUGAAUGAGGCCAGAAAAGCAAAUCAAACGGCCAUGGUAGCAGAAAAGAAAAAAAUGGAAGUUCCAGAAGAAUCUAGGGGCAUUUCUAAGCAGAAAUGGCUCGAGGAACGAAAGAAGAAAAUCGGUAGACUUCUAGAUGCCAAUGGUUUGGACAUGAGUAAAGCUUACAUGCUAGACACACAGGACAUGGCAGAAACAAAGUAUAAGAAGUGGGAGAAGGACCCUGCUCCAGCUGGUUGGGAUGUCUUUAAUCAGAAAACAUUGUACAAUGCAUACAAGAAAAGAACAGGUAACAUUGAGGUGGAUCUAGAGGAAUACAACAAAAUGAAAGAAGCUGAUCCAGAAUUCUACCGAGAUGCUUCGAGUCUCCAGUAUGGAAAAGCACCAAAAAUAGCGGAAGAAAAAAUUGACAAAAUGGUGAAGGAGCUCAAGGACAGGGAAGAAAAGCGCAGAGCAUUUAGCAGGAGGAGAAGGUACCGUGAAGAGAAGGACAUCGACUCCAUCAAUGACCGAAAUGAGCAUUUCAAUAAGAAGAUUGAGCGUGCCUUCGGCAAAUAUACUCUGGAGAUCAAAAACAAUCUUGAAAGAGGAACUGCCUUACCAGACUGAAGUGGAAUACAAGAAGGCAAGAUUCUUUAUGCUUUGGGUAUACAUGGAUUACAUUUCCAUCCUGCGUAGCGAAUCGGUGCUUGACCCAGCGAUUGCAUUCACUGCCUUCCCCUGUUCAUGAUCCAAGGUUUCGUCUGUCAAAAUAGUUUGUUGUACACAGACGGAACAUUUUGUGCUUUAUUAUGAAGUUGUAAUUGGAGGACUUCUGCAAGAUUUACUUUCCAGUUUAUCCCUUCUGUGAAUCGGAUAAAGGUGGUGACAGUAGAUAUUGCCAUGAUGGUGUUUUCUCUUUUCUCUUA